CAAUAUCAGAUUCUUCUGAGCCGUUGUUUUGGGGUCACCCAGCAUUCCAUCCUCCUGACUUUCCAUAAAUGAUUGGAUUCAUAACCCACGCCAUACCUGAGAACAUGGGGACUGGAAUAAGGUAUGUCCAAUGUGCCGAGGUUGCAGAGGUGAAUCAGAGGAUGCACUCUUAGCGGGGGAGGUGGACAGAUUAGGAAGGAGAGGACAGAAAGAUCGACAUCCCUCUCCUAGAUGAUUUGAUGUUGGAGGACGAUUCCUGACUGAGAUACAGAGAUGCCUGUAGCAGAGAAGACAGUGGCAAACCAAACCUGAGCAGAAUGUCUUGGAAUAUUUUAGUGGAUAAACCAAAUGACCAAUCUUCAAGGUGGUCUUCAGAGAGCAACUAUCCUCCCCAGUACUUGAUUCUGAAGCUUGAAAGGCCUGCCAUAGUCCAGAAUAUCACGUUUGGAAAAUAUGAGAAAACUCAUGUCUGCAAUUUGAAGAAAUUUAAAGUCUUUGGUGGAAUGAAUGAAGAAAAUAUGACAGAGUUAUUGUCCAGUGGCUUAAAGAAUGAUUACAACAAAGAAACAUUCACCUUAAAGCAUAAAAUUGAUGAACAGAUGUUUCCCUGUCGAUUCAUUAAAAUAGUUCCACUCUUAUCCUGGGGACCCAGCUUUAACUUUAGCAUCUGGUAUGUUGAACUUAGUGGCAUUGAUGAUCCCGAUGUAGUACAACCCUGUCUCAACUGGUAUAGCAAGUACCGUGAACAGGAAGCCAUUCGCCUUUGCCUAAAACACUUUAGACAGCACAACUAUACAGAAGCCUUCGAGUCCCUGCAAAAGAAAACCAAGAUUGCCCUGGAGCAUCCCAUGCUAACAGAUCUGCACGAUAAACUGGUGUUGAAGGGUGAUUUUGAUGCUUGUGAAGAGCUGAUUGAAAAAGCUGUCAAUGAUGGCUUAUUCAAUCAGUAUAUCAGUCAACAGGAAUAUAAGCCACGGUGGAGUCAGAUCAUUCCCAAAAGCACCAAAGGUGAUGGAGAAGAUAACCGACCAGGAAUGAGAGGGGGCCAUCAGAUGGUUAUUGAUGUUCAAACAGAGACCGUUUAUUUGUUUGGUGGCUGGGAUGGAACACAAGAUCUUGCUGACUUCUGGGCGUACAGUGUGAAAGAGAACCAGUGGACAUGUAUCUCUAGAGACACUGAGAAAGAGAAUGGUCCUAGUGCCAGAUCAUGUCAUAAAAUGUGCAUUGACAUUCAACGAAGGCAAAUCUACACAUUGGGGCGUUACUUGGAUUCCUCUGUGAGGAACAGCAAAUCUCUGAAAAGUGACUUCUAUCGUUACGACAUUGACACAAAUACAUGGAUGCUACUCAGUGAGGAUACUGCUGCUGAUGGAGGGCCGAAAUUGGUGUUCGAUCAUCAGAUGUGUAUGGACUCAGAAAAACAUAUGAUCUACACCUUUGGUGGUAGAAUUUUGACGUGUAAUGGCAGCGUAGACGACAGCAGAGCCAGUGAACCACAAUUCAGUGGGUUGUUUGCUUUCAACUGUCAAUGUCAAACCUGGAAACUUCUUCGAGAGGACUCCUGUAAUGCUGGGCCUGAGGACAUCCAGUCUCGGAUAGGACACUGCAUGCUAUUUCACUCAAAAAAUCGUUGCUUGUAUGUAUUUGGUGGCCAGCGAUCGAAGACCUAUUUGAAUGAUUUCUUUAGUUAUGAUGUGGACUCUGAUCAUGUGGACAUCAUAUCAGAUGGCACCAAGAAAGACUCUGGAAUGGUUCCAAUGACAGGAUUCACACAGAGAGCAACCAUUGAUCCAGAACUGAAUGAAAUCCAUGUCUUAUCUGGACUCAGCAAAGACAAGGAAAAGAGGGAAGAGAACGUCAGAAAUUCAUUCUGGAUUUACGACAUAGUGAGGAAUAGUUGGUCUUGCGUCUACAAAAACGAUCAAGCUGCAAAGGAUAAUCCAAGUAAAACUCUUCAGGAGGAAGAACCAUGUCCAAGAUUUGCCCACCAGCUUGUAUAUGAUGAGUUACACAAGGUGCAUUAUUUAUUUGGUGGGAAUCCAGGAAAAUCUUGCUCCCCAAAGAUGAGAUUAGAUGACUUCUGGUCACUGAAGUUGUGUAGGCCUUCAAAAGAUUACUUACUGAGGCAUUGCAAGUACCUCAUAAGAAAACACAGGUUUGAAGAAAAGGCCCAAAUGGAUCCCCUUAGUGCUCUGAAAUAUUUGCAAAACGAUCUUUAUAUAACUGUGGAUCAUUCAGACCCAGAAGAGACAAAAGAGUUUCAGCUGCUCGCUUCAGCUCUGUUCAAAUCUGGUUCAGAUUUUACAGCUCUAGGCUUUUCGGAUGUGGAUCACACCUAUGCUCAAAGAACUCAGCUCUUUGACACCUUAGUAAAUUUCUUUCCUGACAGCAUGACUCCUCCGAAAGGUAACCUGGUAGACCUCAUCACACUGUAACUGAGGAGUCACUGGACAGAAACGGAGGACGGAGUCCGCUGUCAGUGUUCUGGACGUCAGCGCCGGUGAGCGCCGGUUAGGCUGCAGCGACUGAAGAGGACUGCACCAGAAUUGGGGAGGGAUCUUGACUGUCGCGCGUUCUAACCCUCGCCCUUCAUACCUGACCUCAGCCCCGUGCUCCUCAUCCCAUUCCUCAAUUAGGCUAAUAAUAAAGUGAAACUGGUAUACUUUCCAUUUAAAUAUAUAUAUAUAUUUUUUCUUACUUUGAAGAAUUAAUGAGUAUAAAAAAUAAUCAGGUAGUUUACCAUUUUCUGAUUUUUAUUUCAUUUUUAUAAAAUUAGGGCAAGUGAGCACUAUUAACAGACUCAGUGCUACCGGAAUUGGGAUUUUGUUGUUGGGUUGUUUGGCCUUUCUUCUUUCUCCUCCCUGUUUCACUUUACCGCGCAUCACGCAACUGCUUGUAAGUGGUGUCAUGUGUUUACCUCUUUACUCCAUUCUUAACAGCAUGUAGUUCUGUAGGGCAACUGAUGUACGUUACAGUGAUAGAUGUGUCUAUGUUGAUUGGAGUCUUUUAUUACAUAAAGCAAUAGGAGGAACAGAGGGCUCAAAUUUGUGCUUCUUGUCAUAAAAAUGAAACCGAGAUCGGUCCAGGCACUUAUCUGAGAUUGGUAUAUAGUAUUUAUAUAAUGAGAUGUUUUAUAGUGGAGAUAAUAAUAGCUUUGAGUCACAGAAACCUUAAACUGAGGAGAGUAUAGUUCAGAACCUUUAAGAGCUGUUAUAAAAAAAAUGACCAGUGCUCGCUUCGGUGGCACAUAUACUAAAAAAUGACCAGUAUGAGGAUUCUAAUAGUGAUUAAUCUGUUCAUUGGUAUUUUUGUAGCGAUUUGGGGAGAAAAUGACUUCUUCCUCUGGUAGAGCUGUGCAGAAGCAGGGCCCCUUGUGCUGUCCAUUUGUGGCAUUCUCAUCUGGGGGGUGGAUUUCCAGAGUUAUGCUUUUGUUUAUUUCCGUACACGUUGGCUCUCUGCAGCCUGAUAUUUUAAAGAAUAAUGGUGUAUAGUUGUCCAAUGGAAUACAACUGACAGGCAUUUCAUUAGCACACAAGACCAAGUUUUUUUAAAUGGAGGGAAAAAAUGACGGUGCAAAUAUUUCUUUCAUUAAACUGAAAAAGAGGCAGGUGGGCUUUUCCACUUUGUUGUGGGGAGUGGAGAUACAGAUCAUUCCAUGAGGUGCUGAGGAAUGCAGUGUAGGAAACGACACCUGACCAGAGCUUACUUUUGUUCAGAAAGUGUGCUGUGUGCCGCUGAUCCCCACCAGGUCUAAAGCAGAUGGAGUACAAUGAGUGGCCAUCCGCCCAGUGGCUCUUCAAAGUGAAUGACUGUGUGGAAUUGAAUAGCACGUUAGGUCUCACCAAAGAAAGGAGGAAGCAACUUGCACUUUCAAAAGGUCUCACGUGUAGGCGUGACGCCGAGGUCCCUCUGUACUCUGUACUGCCUGGUUUCACUUCUUUAGGGGAAGGACAGAAAUAUAUUUUUCCUAGUUCUAGGCUUGAAUCUUGGGCUCCUUAGCUUUCCAAGCAUCCCAAAGCAAUCAGUACUGAUUUAUUAAACAAUUAUAUCUGUAUCUUACCUUAUGAAAGAUAUAGUAUAUAAUUUAGUAAGUACCAAAUUGUGUGGCUACAGAAUUAACCAAUUGAUUUUAUAGGUGAGCAAAUAGAAUGUACUUACAUACUUGUUCAGUUUCAUAAAAUGAUUCCCCUGAGAAAUAAUCAAGAACAUAAAAUAUUAAUAUCAUUAAUAUGGUAGACUAUUGGUCUCGUUUUGUGAGAAUAGGUACAAAUCAGAGUUGGUAUAGGGAAGAACUUGAACUUGAUAAGAGUUUCUAAAUUUAAAACCUCUAAUUUUGCUUACUGUGAAUUCUGGCACUUUAAACACAUUAACCAAAUGAAAUUCUGCUGCCCUCCACCAUUUAUUUUUAUAGUGUUUUGUCAUUUUUUUUACUUCACUUAGACUCCAUAUUUGGAAGAAGCUGAGUUCCUGACCUCAGUGAUUUUUCAGUUCUUGUUUUUCCCUGAUUCUGUACUAGUUGGGUUUUUGUUGUUGUUGUUUUUUAACAUACGCUUGUUUUAAUUUUAUCUUUCCUUGCUUUAUUUACGUGGAACUUUUCCCCUUUUCUGAAAUUUUUUUUCACUAACAUGUUUAAAUGAGGUUGAAUCAUAGCUAACCAUUUGGUGUUGCUUAAGUGGAAUAGACUGUAUUGAGGAGAUUGUUGACGAGGUAAAUCAGAAUUUGUACCGCGGGGCUUGGAAUGGGGAGGGGUGGCACGGCUGGUAAUGAUUGUAGGAGAACGUAGGGCUUCAUUACGUCCAUGCCCAAGAUUGACACAUCGCUCAUAUUUCACAUCCCUGAUUUGAAACUUGUUUAUAUUUAAUGAGGAGCUACAUGUAUAUUCAAGAAUUCCAGCAGUGUAUUAUAAUUUAAAUAGUCUAAUAAGGUAUUUAGACUCAUUGUUUAGAUAGCCAAGUAGCUAUGUUUUACUACAUAAAAAAUCUUUCAUUCUUGUUUAGUGAGUCUCAGAUUGAAACACCUGGCCGAUGAGUUAGGGGGUGCAUUGUGCUCAGUUUCAUUACUCCUAGCUUCAGCUUCAUCCUCAUUUCUCUUUUUUCCCCGUGGAAUAUAUUAUUCCAGAAUAAUAAACUUGAAGUCGUUUAUUUAAACAAGAAGAAAACUGUAUCUCUAACAUUAUUUUCAGUGCUUCGAUUUCAUGAGAAAUGACCUGAUUUGCAAGACACUUCUAAAGUACAUUUAAAUUUUGUGGAUUGCAGAGACCUCAUGUGGCCAACUUCAUUAAUUCAAAUACAUCACUCUCUCACUCAAGCAAAGGCAUUCAGAUGUGGGCGCCCAACUCUGUGCUAAAAGCUGACAGUAUUAAGUUUUAGCAGGAUCAUCCUUUUAAAUAUGGUUUUCAUUUAUACUAAAGUUGACCUAUCCAUGUCUAAUAAGUAAAAACUGAUAGAGAACGUUAGAAACUUAAUUCAUGGGUUUAUCGUGUAAAGGCCUGUUGGGUUUAGAGCUCAGUGAUUUAAGGUUGUAAUAACUGCAUUCUUGGGUGAAAUGAGCAUAUUGAAUAUAAAUAGUUGCCAGCGUAUCCUUCCAGUGGAUCUCUUAACAGCUGCCUUGAAAAUGCUAUUUAGAGAUACAUUAACAGUUUCAUGACAUAAAACGGAGUUUUAAAAUCUAACCUACAAACAAAAACUAGUUUGAGGCGCUUAAUCGUUUAGUAAGAGAUUGAGAAUGAUGCCUAAUGGAUGCAGAAACACUUGAAAAGGAGUAUGUUCCUGAUUUUAUUCCCUGAAUUACGUUGUUUUGUGGUAAUUACAUGAAGAAAUUACCCUGCAAUUAUUCUAACAUCAUGUGAAAUUCAUGGGGUAAAUUGUGGGUCAUUUGAUUCUUUACUGCGUGAAUGUUGUGUUAACUCUUUAGCUGAUUGAAUGUUGCAAAGCAGUUAAGAAUUACGGUUGGAAGUGAUCUGGGGUGUGCGGGGGGCGCAGAGGGAGCAUUACCAUGUGUACUGUAAAACACACUCUUCUGGCUGUACGAAAACGUAUGCCCUUCUGAACCCUUCUUUUCUUAAAAAUCCGUGUUCAUCUGCAGUGUCUUCCUUUGGCAGAAAUAGUGGCCUGAAUUUUCACUCAGAUUUAAAUUCUUAAAAUAGUCCUUGACCUGGGAUGUACAGGCCUCGUCAGAAAAGGUUUAUAGUUCUGGAGGAAUAUCAUGGAAGGGCUGCAUAUGACAGUACUUGCAGAUUGGAUCUUUGGGCCCUUCCACUCAAAGAUGUUCGUGUUCCUUAUUAGUCAAGUUACAUUAUUCUUUUGUGAUUUUUUUAACUGUGGCCUGUAUCUCCCUGUGAUUUGUAUGAAUGCUGAAAUGUCUUGUGCUACCUAAAACUUACAGCCUAGAGGUGUGUUAGUUAAAGGUGGAAGUUUCCAAGUUGGUUGCAAUAAUUAAGGAGCCAACUAGACCAGCCGAAUGAGGUUGCCAUUGUUUUGGUGGGGCGGACUCCUUAUUGCGGUUUAUGGAUUUCUUCACCAAAUGCUCUUUUUAUUUUUCUCAAAAAAUACCUUCGUAAGAGAUUUUAUUUAUACAUAAUUUUUUAACCUGGAUUUCCUCCUACCCACCAAACACCGUGAAUUGUGUUUUCAUUAUUUUUCUUAGCUAAUCUAACUUUGUUCUUGGCUGUUUAGGCUCUAGAUGUCUAGGUUUUCUGUGGCAUUGCUUACAAGUGUUGUACUGCUUGAGAAAAGAGGCCAAAAUCAUGCUGAGACACCAUACUCCUUUAUCCUUGUUUAUGACAAAAUAGCGAAAUUAAAAAUUGUACGUGAUUAAAGAAUUGAUAACGUCCAGAUAUUGCUAUAAAAUUACUUGCCGUUUUCAUUUUGGGAAUAGUAAUAUGACUGGCAGCUUUACUGGAGGAGCCAGUGUUGGCUUCUUUUCUUGGCACUGGGAAGCAAAGUCAUAAAAAUUACUGAUAAGGUACAAGUUUCAUAGCAGAGCUCAUGGAAUUCAGCACAUGACAAGAAUUUCCAUUUGCCUGUUGUCUUUGUGUGUGUGUGUGUGUGUGUGUGUAUCUUUUAGCCUUUUUCCUCUCUACUCCCACUUCCUCUGAGUAGCACUGAUUUUCUGCUGAAGUUGGAAUUUGUGUUAAGAAUUGACUUUUAAUUUCUGAUAUAAUUGAAUAUUACGAAGAGCUUUGAUUGCUAUAGAUUGAUUGGUAUUCAUUUUUUCUCAAAUAAAAAUAAUGCAGCCUUAUAAAUGUCUCUUUCCCUCAAGAAUGUGAAUUAACUCAAAUUCCAAAUGUCUAAACCUUACUCCCAGUCAUAGCCAGUGAUAAAAUCCUCUGACAGUGGAUUCUGUAGCCCUUAACCUAAGGAGUUAUUAGAGGUUAUAGUAAAUCACAUUGUUCCAAUGGUGCAGAGAGGUGCACUGGUGGGAAACCAUAUCACUGUGUGUCUUUUUCUGUUAGGUAGAACUCUAAAGUUAUAGAUAUUGAACUUGAGGGAUCCCAAUUUAAAACUUGAAAACACCAGAAUUAGAGGGUAAUUCUAGUCUAUCUUCCACAUCACAGUCAUUAUUUGGAAAUAAGGUUUGCAAAGAUAUCAUCAUGUUCUCAAACACUUGCUGGCUUGAUUGAAAACAGAAUGUUACGCGGAUGUCAUCUGAGAGCGAUAGGGUCAACAACAAAAAUAGGGGGAAAUGUUUAGUAGGGAAGUAGACCAGUUGUAAGAUAUCACUUAUAAUUGUGAAAUAAUUUCUCUUUCUUUUUAUCUGUUGUUCACACAGUCUCAGUAAGCUAUUAAACGUUUGUGUGCAGUGUCCUUUUUUGCCUGUCUGUGGCAUUUUCACUUGGAGAUAACUGAGCCUCAGGAACAGAGCCAGAGAGAAUGGGGGUAUGUUAGCGAAAGAAAAGGGAGCUUUUUGCUCAUGGCUCAGAAGGUCCACAAAUCUAAAUGAAAAAGAAAGCUCUUCAUUUCCAACCCUAAAUUAACGUUAUUAAUGCCGUGCUGGGAGAAGACCAUCAGAAGGGGUCAAAGCCCAGUUACUCUGAAAGGUCUUUGGGAAGCAGAUUUCUUGGUUAGUUGUUUUUCUCAUCUUCUCCCAAAUAGCUGUUACAGAUCUUGAAACAGAAAACCUAGUGUAACGGGCUUCAGAUUUUAAACGUGGUGAGAGCAGUUUCUUACAUACAGCUAGUUCUUUGAUAAGGAUCCAGAAGGAAAACCAGCAAUAAAACAUUUUAACAUGCAGUUUUGGGGCUCCCGUGGGAUUUGCUUUUCACCAAGUUGAAGCUCUUGCUACAACACAGCUCUGUACCAUCUGGGAUGCUAGCAGUCAGUUUGGAGAUCUGAACCGUCUGCCAUGCAAAUCCCAGCCUGAGCCGAUCAUCAUUCUUCAGUUUCAUUCAGUGCUUAAUGAAUGCCAAAUUAAUUGGCAGGAAGGAAAAACACUGUGUUGAUACACUAAACAGGCUUGUGUGCUUAACUAAAGAGUUGUUCAAGUAGCCAGUGUUGAGCUUUAUUUCUCUCCUUUGUUAACAAAUCUCAAGAAAGCCUUUGUUACAGUUUAGUUAAUGUCAUUUGGUUGGUGUCUAUUUUCUAGCCCUUGAAAAUAGGGGGGGAAAAUUGUCAUUUCAUGCUUAACGUAUAACCCAUGCAGAAUUAAACUGACAUCAGUUUAGUUUCCACGUUUUAAAAUAAAUGAAUUAUGCAUAAUCCCAAGGGUCUCUGUUCAUCCUUUUCACUUUUUAGCCAAGAAAUACAUGAGUUCUGGGCUUGGCAUUAGAAGUAGUUAAUAAUUUUGGUUUCUUCUUCAGAUUGCCUCCAUGUCUGUAAAGUGAUUAAUUAAAUUAGAGAAGAUACCUAGAAUAAGUCCCAAUUCCAUUGCGGUUGACAGAGCCUUAUAAAUUCAUUUUGCACCAAAGGAGCUAUGCUAUCCGAUGUUUGCAAAUGUAGUUGCUGUAUUUACCUUCUUAAGAUUAAAGGGGAACCUAAGGAUAGAGAUGCAUAGCUUUACAUUUUUUUAAUUGCCCACUUUAGAAGUCCUAGGGUACUUCCAUCUUUGUAAAGGCUUAGCUUAAUGUUACAUAUACACACUAGCUAUACUUGUAAAAACACUGAAUACAAAGUUCUAAGACAUACUAAAGUAAUUGUCCCCUCGACCCCAAAUUUGAUAGUAGGAUAUCAAAGUCCAAAAGUUUAAAUAUGAGUAGUCUUCUGUGGGGAACUUACAUGUUUUAAAAAGUCAUGUACUUGGUCGCCUUUUUGAGAUUUUUUUUUUUUCUCCUUUCCCAGAAAAAUUAUUUUGGUGACUGACUAGUUGUAAACUAUGUUCUCCCUCAAUUGUGAAACACCCAUUUAGAGAAAUAAAAGUGGACUUUCUUUCUUAAACAUCCCAUUUAGCCUGGCCAAGAGAUGCUGUGAUUGUGUUAUUCUGUAAGCCAGCUUGCUUUUUUUUGACUUGUGUGAAAUGUCUUUUGAAAUGAAUAAAUUAGUAUAGUAUUAAUUUUUCUUUAUUAUAGUCUUUAGCUCAAUUUAGAAAUUGCAAAAUAAUGUGAUGUUUUUCUAUAAGCAGAUUCCUUUUACAUAUACAUACGGAUAUAUGUAUGUGGGUAUAUAUACAUACACACACACACACACACACGGUUGACCCUUGAACAACACAGGUUUAAACUGCACAGGUCCACUUAUACGUGGAUUUUUUUCAAUAAAUACUAUAAAUGUAUUUUCUCCAGCAUCCUUUAUUAUAAGAAGACAGUAUAAUACAUUAUAACAUACAAAAUAUGUGUUAAUCAACUUACGGUAAGGCUUCCAGUCAACAGUAGGCUAUUUGUAGUUAUAUUUUUGGGGAGUCAGAAGUUACAUUCAGAUUUUCGACUGCACAGGAAGUCUGGAUCCCUGAACCCCCCAUGUUGUUCAGGGUCAGCUGUAUAUCUUUUUGUUCCCUGUCACCACUUCAGAAUCUAGGUACAGUUGAGUCUGCUUUCUCAGAAGAAGAGUACAGGAAAGCUAAGAUGAGGACCUCGUUUUCUUGUCUUGGUCUUGGUAGCAGACAUUAUUCCGUCUUUCACAAUGGCAUAUGUAUAUAUACGCAGCUUGGGAAAGAUGUUAGAAUGUUUUUUAAAGUCAACUCUUUUACUUCUUGUAUAAAUUAGAAGUACUCAAUGGCCAGAACUUGAGAUCCCUUCAGGUAGAGAUAGAGUCUCAAAACCAAAGUUGGACUGGAAAUUAGAUUGAGAAGGAAGUUACAGCUCCUCGCCUAGGCAAUAGAUUGUCCUUCCUGGGCUGCUUACUAACGCUGUGCAUAGCUCCUUCUCUUUGUUAUAGCAUCCCCUGGACUGGAAACAUGGCGUUACAGCAGCCAGCUCAUCUGAAAGUCGGAGAGUGUUAAAUAUCUUUUAUGCGACUAUUAAAUAAUAAUAUUUAUUGAUUUGUGUGGUUAUAAAAAUGUUUAUUGUAGGAAUUUAGGAAAUAACUAAUAGUAAAGAAGGAAAACCACUAGUAAUUAACUGAAGAGAACUUACUCAUUUUUCCUGACUUCUGUUACCCAACAUGGUAAAGGCCAGAAAAAACAAAAACAAAAAAACCAUUCUCAUUGUCUUUUGCCACGUGUGUGGAGGACGGGGUGUAAGCAUUGUCCCUACCCUUACUUACAUUCCUUUAAGCAUUGCCCUUUUCUAGAUAGGCAGUCUGGAAAUAAUCCUGUUGAUGUGUGUCUUUUAAGCCUGAAUUAUGAGUGUAAGAUAUUACCCAGAA